CAUCUCCACCACAAAAUCAUGGAAUCUCUAUCUAUUAACUCACCAAUAAACGAUGAUUUGGAUUCAUGGGAUUCAAUAAACUCUUUAGAUGAUACACAUCGCCGGGAAGGAAUUGAUGCAGGAUAUAAAGAUGGUCUGAUAUCAGGAGGAAAAGAAGAUUGGAAACAAGUAGGCUUAAUAUCAGGGUUCGAAGUUGGAGAAGAAUUAGGGUAUUAUCAAGGUUGUUUAGAUGUUCGGAACUCAGCUAUUAAGAUUGAACCCAAUUGUUUUUCAUCUAGGAUUCAAGAUAAUAUUAAACAGCUGAAUGAAUUAAUCAAAACAUAUCAUCCUGAGAACGAGAAGGUCCGAGAGAUUAUGAAUGCUUUGAGAUUGAAAUUAUAUCAUCCCGAGAAUAAGAAUGUUCAAGAGAAGAUUAUGAAUGAUUUGAGUUUGAAAUUUAAACCUACUGCAGCUACAUUGUCUGUGAAAUUGGAGCACGGAGAGAGCCUUGAUUUUUGAGGAGGAGAUCAUCGCUAUCUCAUAUAUG